CACCUCUGGGCACGCCACUUCCAAGCCUUUCCAUUUGCUUCGCUCGAGUUAUUAUUUUGCACAGAGAGAGAGAAAGGAGACAGAUUUGAAUUGAGUGGUAUUCCAACGUCGAAAGCAGAGAGGAGAAACACUAAGACCAGUGGUCAUGUCCCUCAUGUGACAAUUCGGGAGCUGCAAGGUUUUGGUCUUGUGUUAGAAUGUUGGGAGAACCCACCCUUGGAAAAAAUUAAGGAAAACGAAGAACCUCAUUGAUUGGAGAAGUUGGUUUAAUGGCUAAAGUUUGUUGGCCAUAUUUUGAUCCUGAGUAUGAGAACUUCAGCAAUAGAAUGAACCCUCCAAGGGUCUCUAUGGACAAUGCUAGUUGCCAUGAUUGUACACUGAUCAAGGUUGAUAGUGUUAACAAACCUGGAAUUCUGCUGGAAGUUGUGCAAAUCUUGACAGACCUUGACUUCAUAAUUACCAAAGCUUACAUAUCUUCUGAUGGGGGUUGGUUUAUGGAUGUAUUUCAUGUAACGGAUCAGCAAGGAAAAAAGAUAACAGAUAGCAAAACCAUCGACUUCAUUGAAAAGGCUCUAGGACCAAAGAGCCAGAGCACAGAAGGGGUGAAAAAUUGGCCAAGCAAACGCGUUGGAGUGCAUUCUGUUGGUGAUCAUACAGCCAUUGAGCUAAUUGGCAGAGACCGCCCAGGUCUCUUGUCUGAGAUUUCAGCUGUUCUUGCCAACCUCCAUUUUAAUGUUUUUGCAGCAGAAGUUUGGACUCAUAACAGGCGAAUCGCUUGUGUUCUUUAUGUCAAUGAUGCUACAAACCAAGCUGUAGAUGAAGCAAACAGAUUAUCUCUUAUGGAGGAGCAGCUCAACAACAUCUUACGUGGAUGUGAUGGUGAGAAAGUUGCUAGGACCAGUUUCUCCAUGGGUUCCACCCAUAUGGAUCGGCGGCUUCACCAAAUGUUGUUCGCUGAUCGGGAUUAUGAAAGUUAUGCAGUAGCAAGAGAGGUUGAUAGUCCUCCCUCUUUAAGGCCAAAAAUCACAAUAGAACGUUGUGAGGAAAAAGGGUACUCAGUGGUCAGUGUGAAGUGCAAAGAUAGGGCAAAACUCAUGUUUGACAUUGUUUGCACUCUUACUGAUAUGCAAUAUGUUGUUUUCCAUGCCACAGUCUCAUCAGAUGGCCCUUAUGCAUUGCAGGAGUAUUUUAUUCGACAUAUGGAUGGAUGCACGCUUGAUACACAAGGAGAGAAAGAAAGGGUCAUCCAAUGUAUUGAAGCUGCUAUUCGAAGAAGAGUAAGCGAGGGAGUGAGCCUUGAGCUGUGUGCGAAGGAUAGAGUGGGGUUGCUGUCAGAAGUAACAAGGAUUCUACGAGAGAAUGGGUUGACAGUGUGUAGGGCAGGUGUAUCAACAAGAGGGGAGCAAGCACUGAAUGUGUUCUACGUGAGGGAUGCAUCAGGGAACCCUGUGGACAUGAAAACUAUGGAAGCACUUCGUAAAGAAAUAGGUAAGACAAUGAUGGUGGAUGUGAAGAGAGUGCCAAGCAAUGCCAAAGCACCAGAGACCCGAGGAUGGGCUAAAACUAGUUUCUUCUUUGGUAACUUGUUGGAAAGGUUCUUGACCUGAUGAUGAUAAUCAUGCAUAUGGUCUGGUUCCUUAGUAAAAGGCACAUGAUUAUGUAUAGAAGAAUAAAGCUGUUUUGUAUCUCAAACAUGGACUUUGACCUAUUGUUAAAUAUCAUAACAAUAAUGCUUCAGUUAUAUUCCGCCUUCUACACUUUUUUCA